CCCCCUGACCGCCAAGCAAUGUUGGAAAAUAAACAAAUGCGUAAUCAUGAAUGAAUCGCAGUGUCUAUACUAUAUAUCGUCGGUGGUUUCUAACGACAAAGCGUCAUCUCUGUAUUACAAACAGAACCACAUGAAUUUGGUAAAAGAAACUGUAAUUGAAAAUUCAAAACUUUUGAAGUUCAAGUUUUCAGUUAGAGAUGUCGCUACUCUUAAUUUUUUAAGUUGGAAUCUUAGAGCAUCUUUCAUCUAUUGCUAUUGCUGUCAACGCUCGGAAUUUAUCGGAAAUAUUCGUAAGGGGGCAUACACCCAUUUUUGUUGAAAUUAUUUGUGAUUUUACGAAAUAAUUUCUGCUUUUGUUCAUCAAUAAUUUCACCUUUGUGCCAAUUUUCACCAUGACUGAGCAAGGAAAAGGAGAGGCAAUUACCCCCGAAGAGUUCACCGACCAAGAAAAUGACACGAACUACAAACCUCCACCAGAAAAGACGAUCGAAGAAAUCCUCCAAAUUGAUCAGGAAGAUGAGAGUUUGAGGAAAUACAAAGAAACGCUUUUGGGACAGGCACAGACUGGACCUAUCAUAGUCGAGCCUGACAACCCUAGAAAAGUGAUCGUCAAGCGAUUGGUUUUGGUUGUUGCCGACAGGCCUGAGAUAGCUCUAGACCUCACUGGUGACCUGUCACAACUGAAGAAAGAAACGUUCGUUAUCAAGGAGGGUGUUUCGUAUAGGAUCAGGAUUGAAUUCAUUGUCCAAAGAGAAAUCGUGCAUGGUCUCAAAUAUGUGCAGAAGACCAGCAAGUUGGGCAUCACAGAUCCCGAAGCAGUGGAUAAAAUGACGCACAUGGUGGGUUCGUACGCUCCAAAAGCUGAAAUCCAGUCGUACACGACCCCAGCUGAAGACGCACCAUCGGGCAUGAUGGCGCGAGGAAGCUACACAGUACAUUCUCUGUUCACUGACGAUGAUAAGAACGAGCAUUUGAAAUGGGAGUGGACUUUCGAAAUCAAAAAGGAUUGGAAAGAUUAAGGUGCUAAGUCAAUGAUCAAACCAAAACUGCUACCGUGAAGAAUGUAGAAGUAUUAUCGCCUCAGAAUAUGGAUAUACCCGUGUCAUACCAAAAUCGCGUUUUUGAAACCGUUUUUACACUUUUAGAAAUUUUAUCGGUAUACUCGUAUCCGUAGGGCCUUACUUUUUAAAAAAGACUCCUUAUUGUUUAAUUUCUCUAUAUUUUAAUAUAGUCUUGCAUGAUUUACGUUUUGUUAAAAAUGAGACUUAUUUUGGCGUAUUCUAAUGUUAGGCUUUUAGUGGAAUAUUGUGUAUUAUCUUUUAAAAGGAACAGCUUUUUAUUGAACCGUAUUAAAACUGAAAUUGAGUGGAGAUACGAUUAUUUUUUUCACUUGAUUUGCUUGGAAUGGAAGAUUUUGGUGGAUGUUUUACAUUUUUACUUUAUCUACCAUUGAUGAAAUAUAACUUUAUGUUUCCAGUACGUCCUUUAUUUCCUGAUUAAACAACAUCAACUUUUCACCUGAAAACGAUCAAACCUUCUUUUUUUUCCAUUAUAAAAAAUGACGUCAAGUAGGUUGCCUUUGAACUUCCCACACAAAACUAUCGUCAAUUAGAUUAUGUUCGGUUUAUUUGACCAUAUGAACUGUAUGUGAGAUAUUGAGUCGAUCCACUUGAAAAAAAAAAUGACAAAAACGCAAUGUGUCAAGUAUUCCUAACAAGGCUACAUACAGUAAAAUAUCCUACGCACGCCAAAGGC